AUGGAUCCAAUCCUACACGGAUUGAAUCAUGCCCAGCGCGAGGCCGUCACCUCAUCCGGCUCAGUUCUCCAGGUGCUUGCGCCGCCAGGAUCGGGCAAAACAAAGACGUUAACAGCACGUGUCGCGUACCUUCUCUCACACCAUGGCUAUCAACCGCAAGAUGUCAUUUGUUGCACAUUCACAAUCAAAGCGAGUCGUGAGAUGCGUGAGCGCCUUGCCAAACUGAUUGGAGAAAAAUUUGAAUCGCGCUUGAUCCUUGGGACGUUCCACUCGAUUUGUCGUCGAUACUUGGUUAAGUAUGGAUACUUGAUUGGGCUACGGAAGGGGUUUGGGAUUGCGGACUCAGACGACACCCGUGCAAUCAUCAGAAGAACCAUCAAACGAUUGAAGUCUAGCAUUGAAGUCAAGGCGGCACAGGGCCGUAUCUCUCGACACAAGGCCCAUGGGCUGAGUCCAGAUGCCUUGGCUGAGCGAGCUAAAGCCGAGGAGAUGGAGCUUGUUGAUAUAUACCGCGACUAUGAAUCAGCGCUGGCAGCUUCUAAUCUCCUGGACUACGAUGAUCUGCUUUUGCGCUGUAGCGAUUUGCUCCGGGAACACCCACAAUGUGUGUCAAACGUAGAGGCCGUUCUGGUGGACGAAUUUCAAGACACGAACAUCAUCCAAUAUGAACUGAUGAAUCUUUUUGCAUCAAAAAAUCGACGCAUCACUAUUGUCGGAGAUCCAGAUCAGAGUAUCUAUGGUUUCCGUUCUGCAGAGAUCAAGAACCUCAAGCGAAUGCAGGGGCGCUACUCGAAUACGACAGUUGUCCUUUUGGAAGACAACUAUCGCUCUGCUGGAUCCAUCUUGAACGCUGCGCAGGAAGUCAUCGAACAGGAUACGAGCCGGCCUACCAAGGCACUCCAAGCCACGCACACUUUCGGAACCCUACCUGUGUUGAGGAGACUUCCAAACCCUAGUGCAGAAGCACAGUGGAUGGUUCUUGAGAUCAAACGGUGUGCAGCGAUGACUGGGGGUCUUCUGCGUAUGUCAGACUUUGCUGUCCUUCUCCGGUCGGCUGCGCUGUCCACGCAGAUUGAAACGGCGUUCGGAAGAGCAGGCAUACCGUAUAAGAUGGUUGGAGGCCGAAAGUUCUUUGAUCGGACUGAAGUCAAGAUCCUUCUCAAUUAUAUGAGGGUUGUUAGCCACACGGGACAUUCAGAUGCGUUGCUGAACAUUGUCAAUGUUCCACCUCGCAGAAUAGGCGAUGAAACGAUUAAGCAACUGACAGGCGGCGCGGAAAAGGCUAAGCUUCCGCUGUGGGACUUCAUCAAGGACGUUAUCCAGGGGCGCCGCUCAACUGAGAAGAAACUGCAGAAGGCUGCAGAGCAGGGGCUUUGCCACCUAGUGAAGCUGAUUGAAGCCUGUAGGCAGAAAUUGCAGGAGUGCGAGGAUGCAUCGGCUCCGCAUGUUUUGAUUGAGUUCAUCACGGAACGCCUGUCUUUCCAGGAGUACCUCAUUAGAGCAUAUCCAUUGGACGAAGACAGUCGCUGGGCAAAUGUCAAAGAACUCAUGCAUCAGGCCACUGAAGUCGCAGCAUUCGAGGAAGAGGAGGUCGAUAAGGAGAUGGACCUCCCCGAAAUUGAGGGUGUGCAGCAACAACAGGCGCAUCCUGGCGAAGAAGCUCUCACUCGGUUCCUUGCAAAUGUUGCUUUGGCUACAGAGAUCACCACUCAGGAAGAGAAUAAAGACGGUGAUCAACCCACGGAGAAGGUCACUAUCUCGACCAUUCACGCUGCCAAGGGCCUGGAGUGGCCUGUGGUUUUUGUGCCUGCGGUGUACAACGGGAGCAUUCCACACUCGCGCGCAGAGGUGAUAGAAGAGGAGAGACGAUUGCUAUAUGUCGCGAUGACCAGGGCUCAGGCCCUGUUAUAUCUGAGUGUUCCUAUUCGACAGCCCCGGCUGGGUGAAGGGGAAGAUGGUGCAACUACAUUGACACAAUUUCUUCCUCCUAAACUAACCAAAUCACACUUUCGGCAGAUGGGCCCAUCUCUUCACGAGAAAGUGGUGUAUGCAAUUGCUGAUAUACUGCGCCGCCCUCGGCCAUUGCUAGAAGACAUGUACAAAGGGCUUGAGUUCCUUCCAUCGACGCUGGACGACCGAUGGACACCUGAGGGUGAGGAAGAUCGCAGCAAGAUCGAUGGUACUUCUGCCUCUCACGAUACCCCUGAUGAGCCGAAUCCAAAAAGGCGGCGCUCAGAUAUGAAUCAAGGGCCAAAGACAACUACCUACGUCUCUUCAACUGGGUAUACCAUGAACAACUCGACGGGGUUUACUAUUCCUACAACCGUCUCAACGGGCUUUACAUCUGCCCGGGAUUACGUUGCGGCCAAUCCUCAACCCGCCCAGGAUUCAGCCGCGAAUUCAGCCUCAAAACCCCCUGCAGAUACAGCUGGAUCAAAUAAGCCGAACCCGCUCAGCGGUGCAGGCCGCAAGGACGGUCUCAUCCAAGCAAGCAUCUCGAACUUCUUCACAGGUCCAGGAUCCCAGAAGAAGGAACCGAUUCUACCGACUCGUCCACAGGCAUCCCGAAAAUACGAGGUGCCACUGUCGCAGAACCAACGUCCUCAGACGAGCAAUGUCCCACUACCUCUGUCCUCCCAUCGUGUCCAACCACGUCCACUCGUCCCAACCCGACCAACACUAGAGCCAACGAAUGCCGAUGGGUAUACAUGGUUGGCAACUCCAUCGAAGCCCCCAGCCCCAAAACCCAGGAUGUCUAUGACGCAGGAACAAGGCUCGGGCAAUACAUCUGCAGGCGCAGUCGGAGGCGAAGUGAAACCCGAAACCUCCCGCGGGUUUCAAGCCGCCACGACGUUCCACACAACGACCAUGUCAAUGGUUCAACAGGCACCGCGGCGGACGUUAGGGAUGCGACGGAGUAUGAAUGGGUGGCAAGAUCGGAUGAAGCGAGAGAGCGGUGGGCGCGGCUGA